AUGAGUAAACUCUCCUUCCGAGCGCGGGCGCUGGACGCCGCCAAACCGCUGCCCAUCUACCGCGGCAAGGACAUGCCUGAUCUCAACGACUGCGUCUCCAUCAACCGGGCCGUGCCCCAGAUGCCCACCGGGAUGGAGAAGGAGGAGGAAUCGGAACAUCAUUUACAGCGAGCUAUUUCAGCACAGCAAGUGUUUAGAGAAAAAAAAGAAAGCAUGGUCAUUCCAGUUCCUGAGGCAGAGAGCAACGUCAACUAUUACAAUCGUUUGUACAAAGGAGAGUUUAAGCAGCCAAAGCAGUUCAUUCAUAUUCAGCCCUUUAAUCUAGACAACGAGCAACCAGAUUAUGAUAUGGAUUCAGAAGAUGAAACUUUAUUAAACAGACUUAACAGAAAGAUGGAAAUUAAGCCUUUGCAAUUUGAAAUUAUGAUUGACCGCCUUGAAAAAGCCAGUUCUAAUCAGCUUGUAACACUUCAAGAAGCAAAACUGCUACUGAAUGAGGAUGAUUACCUUAUUAAAGCUGUAUAUGACUACUGGGUGAGAAAACGUAAAAACUGCAGGGGGCCAUCUCUCAUUCCUCAGAUCAAACAAGAGAAAAGAGAUGGCUCGACUAAUAAUGACCCCUAUGUUGCCUUUCGGAGGAGAACAGAGAAAAUGCAAACUCGAAAGAAUCGUAAGAAUGAUGAGGCCUCUUAUGAAAAGAUGUUGAAACUGAGACGGGAGUUUAGUAGAGCUAUAACAAUUUUGGAAAUGAUUAAGAGAAGAGAGAAAACAAAACGAGAAUUGUUGCACUUAACCUUAGAAGUUGUGGAAAAAAGGUAUCAUUUGGGAGACUAUGGUGGUGAGAUCCUUAAUGAAGUGAAAAUCAACAGAUCAGAGAAGGAGUUAUAUACCACUCCAGCAACUCUUCAUAAUGGAAACCAUCACAAAGUCCAAGAAUGUAAAACUAAGCACCCUCAUCAUUUGUCUGUGAAAGAAGAGUCUUCUGAUGUGGUUCGUCAGAAGAAGAAAUGCCCGAAGAAGCCUAAAGCAGAGGCUUUGCUACCAUCCCAGCAACCGGCGCCAGAGACUUUGCCUGUGAUCAAUCCGAGUGACAUUAAGCAAUACGACUUUCACAGCUCAGAUGAAGAUGAAUUUCCACAGGUACCAUCCCCAGUGUCGGAAGCUGAGGAAGAAAAUGACCCGGAUGGUCCCUGUGCUUUCAGGAGGCGGGCAGGGUGCCAGUAUUAUGCUCCUCGUUUGGACCAAAUGAACCAUUCAUUUGAAGCUUCAGAACUGUCAGAUUGGGAUAAGUUGAGGUACAGGCAUUGCCUUACAACACUUACAGUCCCGAGAAGAUGCAUAGGGUUCGCACGGAGACGAAUCGGCAGAGGUGGCAGAGUAAUAAUGGACCGAAUAUCCACAGAACAUGACCCAGUCCUGAAACAGAUAGACCCUGAAAUGCUGAAUGGUUUUUCAAGCUCUUCCCAAACUGUAGACUUUUCUUCUAAUUUCUCUCGGACCAAUGCUUCCAAUAAACAUUGUGAAAAUAGACUGUCCCUUUCUGAAAUAUUAAGCAAUAUCAGAUCAUGUCGACUCCAGUGUUUCCAGCCAAGACUACUAAAUUUACAGGACAAUGAUAGUGAAGAAUGUACCUCAAGAAAACCAGGGCAGACUGUGAACAAUAAAAGAGUUUCUGCAGCAUCUGUAGCUUUAUUGAACACCAGCAAGAAUGGCAUAUCAGUGACAGGGGGUAUCACAGAAGAGCAAUUUCAGACACAUCAACAGCAGUUAGCUCAAAUGCAAAGGCAGCAGCUCGCUCAGCUUCAGCAGAAACAACAAUCUCAGCCUUCCGCGCAACAGACGCAUCCAAAAGCACAGGGCUUGAGCACAUCUGACUGUCUGUCGAAAACACUUGACUCAGCCAGCGCCCACUUCGCUGCAUCGGCAGUGGUCAGUGCACCUGUUCCAGGUCGCAGCGAGGCGGCCAAGGAGCAGAACACCGGCCACAGCAACAUAAACGGUGUGAUCCAGCCUUCAGGAACCUCUAAACCAUUGUACUCCACCAGUAUGGCUUUAUCAUCCAACCCAGGGAUUUCAGCUGUACAACUUGUAAGGACAGUUGGCCACACCACUACAAACCACUUAAUCCCAGCAUUGUGCACAAGCAGUCCUCAAACACUUCCCAUGAACAAUUCCUGCCUGACCAAUGCCGUGCACCUCAAUAAUGUCAGUGUUGUUUCACCAGUCAAUGUGCAUAUCAAUACAAGGACUUCAGCACCAUCGCCAACAGCCUUAAAACUUGCCACAGUUGCUGCCAGUAUGGACAGAGUGCCAAAGGUUACUCCCAGCAGUGCCAUCAGCAGUAUAGCCAGAGAGAACCAUGAACCAGAGAGAUUGGGUCUAAAUGGAAUAGCAGAGACGACAGUGGCCAUGGAAGUGACAUAACUUCUGGCUGUGGCUGUGCCGACGGUGUGCAGGCAUUCAUAUUCCAGCUGAACGCACACGGCGACUCUGCGGGUCACAGAGCGUACGAUGCACCGAAAAGGACUACAGUAUAUCGGACCUUCGAUCGAUAUACAAUGUAUAUUUUGUAAAAUCGGGAAAAUCACUACCUUGUAAAAUAGUUUAUUUGUAUCAUCAAUAUUAUUUCUGUUACUUGAAUAGUAGAUAUUCAUCAUCAUGCUUUUGCACUUGAAUUUGCAACUGAAUGGAUUUUUAAAAUAAUUCUUUGUUGGGAUCAUGAGCAUGAAACGGGAUCCUGCAUCACUUGUUUUAACUAUUUAUUUUGCCAUGUUUACAUUUUGUAUCUUGUAAAACUAAAUCCAACGUUGUGUCUAAUACCUUAAAGAUUCAU